CUGCUCCGCCGCACUUUCAGAAAUGUGUGGGUUCGCGAAUUAAUUACCGGCGUCGUUAAAUCUUCGUCCACCAAGCGAUCUCGUCUUUCCGCAUCUCAAACCCCCUCCGACGAACUUGACGUCUCAGUCUCCGCCCAACUUGCGGUUAAAUCGAUUGAUUCUCCUGUUCGUAUAACGUUCAUCUUCAAACCACAUUCAAAAUGAAGCACCUCGCCGCUUACCUCCUGCUCGGCCUCGCCGGCAACACUGCCCCUUCCGCUGACGACGUCAAGGCCGUCCUCUCUUCCGUUGGCAUUGACGCCGACGAGGAGCGCCUCACCAAGCUCAUUGCUGAGCUCGAGGGCAAGGACAUCCAGGAGCUGAUUGCUGAGGGUACCACCAAGCUCGCCUCCGUUCCCACCGGUGGUGCUGGUGCUGCCGCCGCUGCCCCUGCUGCUGCUGGCGGUGCCGCUGCUGCCGAGGAGAAGAAGGAGGAGAAGGAGGAGGAGAAGGAGGAGUCCGACGAGGACAUGGGUUUCGGUCUGUUCGACUAAGCGUCUCGUCCCCAAGUGCGAGAUGGUCACGAACGUGGAGAAAACAAGGUCUAGCUGCAAUCCGGCUGAUACCGGUUGUCGAGCGUCUGGUUCGUCGCCUGGUGGUUUGUUCAGGAUACCCUGGUUUCUUCUGAUGCAGUUACGACUCUGUACGUAUCGUCUAUGAGCUGAAAUUGCUCAUAAGUCAAAAAAUAGAGAGACCUUGCCCAUAAACACUGGUGUU